UGGAAAGAAUUGCAGGAAGUCGUCCUAAUGGCUGUUCGGCUCUUGACCGCCGGCGAGCCUUUCAAAGUCUUCAGUUUGACUUGGGUCCAGGAGAGACCAUGUCCGCCGUCAUCGGAAACCCGUCCGCGGAUAGAAUCUCCCGUCAAACCGACUCUCCAUGAAGUAGCGGGAACUCGCGGCCUUCACGAUGGCGGGCUCGGGCGCCGUUCAGGUGAGACUGGAACUCGGACACCGAGCCCAGGUCCGGAAGAAGCCCACGGCGGAAGGCUUCACCCACGACUGGAUGGUGUUCGUCCGCGGCCCGGAUCACUGCAACAUCCAGCACUUCGUGGAGAAAGUCGUGUUUCACCUGCACGAAAGUUUCCCCAAACCAAAAAGAGUUUGCAAGGAUCCACCCUUCAAAGUGGAGGAGUCUGGAUAUGCAGGCUUUAUCCUGCCCAUUGAAGUUUACUUCAAAAACAAGGAAGAACCGAAGAAGGUACGCUUUGACUACGACCUUUUUCUGCACUUGGAGGGCCAUCCACCGGUCAAUCAUCUUCGCUGUGAGAAGCUCACCUUCAACAACCCGACAGAGGAGUUUCGAAGGAAGCUGCUGAAAGCUGGAGGGCAACGGGAUCCUCACAAACGAGGUUCAGAAGAAUCCAAACAGGUGAUGGUGAUGCAGGAAGGCUCCACCUCGCUGUUCAGCCAGCACCUCAAGCUGCCGACGCUUCCCAACAGCUCGCUGACAUCCUCGCUGUCUGACCCAAAGAAGAGCAAACCCCCCCACGGAUCAAAGGAUGGCUCCAAAGGAAGUGGUCUGACACUCCUCACCACCUCUUCAACCACCAGCAGCAGCAGCUUCCCCAAACUCCACAAACCCUCCAAGGACCAGAAAGCCAAGGCUCCUAAGGAGGUGAAAGAGCCCAAAAGUGCCUUCAGAGACUCCAGCUGGGACACCAGCAAAACCCCCAAAGAAUCUUCCAGGAAACCCAAAGAGAACCAGCCACUUAGAGACAGCAAUCCCAAGAUGGGAUUCAAAGAGCCCAAAACUUUUUGCAAGGAGCACCGCAGUGAGGGCAUGUUGCCCGGCUCGGGGGCUAACAAGCGCCUGCCCGGCCUGGACAGCAACGAUCCUGUCACCAAAAAACGCAGAAAGGGAUAUCUGGAUUCAUCGGGGAAGACCGUGUCAGGCUCAGACGCUCAGCAUUCGGAUAAGAAACGCAUAAAGGACAGACUGCAAAUGGGCUCAAGCAAAUAUAAAGCAGACGGCGAGGAGCCGGAGCGCCGGAGGAGCUCUGCACUGCCAUUCCAGGAGGCCGGGGAACGCCACGAGUCUGACAUGGAGGAGCAGUCCAUCAAAUCAGAUUCAGAACAGCCCAGUCCCGCCAGUUCCAGCUCCAGUUCAGGCUUUGCUCCAACACACCACAAACGGCAAGUUCUGGGGCCGCUGCAGUCUGUGAUGCAGGAACCACACACAGACGAGGAGGACUCUGAGGACGAAGACGACAACGACAUGGACUCUGACGGAGAGCAACCUGCACACAAACACCUGUCACACCACCAGCGCAGGGUGAGUUUGAGUGACGGCAGUGAGAGUGACACCUCUCCACCCCCCUCCCAUAAAGACACAUCCGCCCUAUUGAAGUCCACCAAUAACCAGAUUCUGGAGGUGAAGAGUCCCAUCAGGCAGAACAAGCAGGACAAGAGCAGAAAUCUGGACUGUGAUAAGGCUUACCUGGAUGAGCUAGUGGAGCUGCACAAAAGACUGAUGACACUAAGAGAGGGACAUAUAUUACAACAGAUCGUUAACCUGAUUGAAGAGACUGGACACUUCCACAUCACAAACACUACUUUUGACUUUGACCUCUGCUCCUUAGACAGAAGCACAGUUCGAAAGCUUCAGAGUUACCUGGAAACUUCUGGACUGUCCUGAGGCUCUGAGCAGCUGGCUGCUGGGUGUCCUCCUCUGCUUCAGAUGAGACUGUGGCUGUGUCUGGAUGCUUCCAGCUCGGCGGCUGGAUCAGGCGGUCCAGUCGAAGAGACCGUCCUGCUGCAUAAACCAGAACUAGCACUGUUGGAGCGAGGCUGAGAGCUCUGAAAGCUUAGUCUGAGGCGAGGUGCUGGCUGUGUUGCUCUUCGUGCUCACCAUGCUGUCACCAUGCCUGUCUUGUGCUUCACUGGGACAAAGGCCCGGUCAGCAUUCCCUUAUGGCAUUGUAAGUUAUUUAUUGCGUUUCCUUUGUAGGAGUGUGUGCUUUGUGUGAGUGAGUGGGGGCACAAAAUGAAGAAAAAAUGUGGAAGGAGAUUUAGUGGAAGCACUUCACAACUGAUUUAUCUGACACUCAGCAUUUCCAGCAUCCAGUUUCAAAGACAUGUUCAGUUUUUCAGCAGCCUCCCUUGGUCGUGUAGUAAACGUAUGUGAGGAUGACAGAGAUGACUCAAUCUCUUCACAUCGUUUCUGCUCAAUCAUUUUUUGCAUGUUUUUCAGCUGUUAAAGAGAGAUAUCUUUUCAUUCUCCAGUGGACAUUUCAUAUGAAAAAGUUGCUUGUACCAAAGGUCAUCUAAUACCUACACACCUACGUCUGUGAGAUUUCAUGAUGAGCAUUUUUAGGUUUGGGUUUGUUGUGGAAAAACAUCUUUAUAGAGAAUAUCAUAUCCAAAUGUACAGAGCCAGAAAAGGGUUGAUAAAGAAGAAAAUGUCAUGAAUCAA